AUAUAAGAAACGCCCUAAUCAAUUUUAUGACGGCAAAGAUCUGUAUAAGUGCGAUAUGCGUUCAGUUUCUAUUUUAAUUUUUAGUAUUACUUCCAAUAAAACGUAGCAGAAGUUACGUGUUGUUAGCUGUAGGCAGCAGCUUCUGCUGACAUAAUUACCCACAUUCGUUGGACUACGGAGCCAAGAGAUCAUUUGACAGCGCGUCUGAUCUGAUCCGAUGUUUCAUGAAAGUUAAGCAGGGUGUUUCAAACCCAUAUAUACUAGCCGCGUUCUCCAAAUAAAUAUACUGUUCACAACGCUUGCAGUGCCAGUACAACGGAAUUUCCUCUGCUACUGGAUUUGGAACCAUUACGGAUAAACACAGUUCUGACACGAUGGAGGAAGAUAGAGGGGACGUCGGAAAAAUGGAGAGUCAGGCGCUGUCUGGAUACAAGGCUGAUCCAGAGCCUUUGGGUUGCAUUGAAGUGUUAGCCACAGCAUUCUCAAUUCUGCUUCUCAUUCUCACCUUUCCAGUUGCAAUUUUCAUGAGCUACAAGGUGGUCCAGGAGUACGAACGCGCUGUUAUCUUCCGCUUAGGGAGACUUCGUAAGGGGGGAGCCCGUGGUCCGGGAAUUUUUUUUGUCUUACCAUGCAUUGAUACGUACUGCAAAGUAGAUCUACGGACUGUUUCAUUUGAUGUUCCUCCACAAGAGGCACUCACCAGGGAUUCAGUGACUGUCACAGUGGAUGCUGUCGUCUAUUAUAGAGUAAAUGAUCCUUUGAAUGCCAUCGUCUCAGUUAACAAUUACAGCCAUUCUACUCGCCUGCUUGCUGCAACAACAUUGCGUAAUGUUCUGGGCACAAGAAACCUAUCUGAGAUACUGUCUGAACGAGAAGCAAUUGCCCAUACAAUGCAGUCAGCUCUUGAUGAGGCUACAGAUCCAUGGGGUGUGAAAGUGGAACGUGUUGAGAUAAAAGAUGUACGACUACCAGUUCAAUUGCAGAGAGCUAUGGCAGCUGAAGCAGAGGCUGCACGAGAGGCUCGUGCUAAAGUAAUAGCUGCAGAAGGAGAAAUGAAGGCUUCACGUGCUCUGAAAGAAGCUUCUGAUGUUAUGUCUGAAAGUCCAGCUGCCUUACAGCUUCGUUAUCUCCAGACCCUGAAUACCAUUUCAGCUGAGAAGAAUUCUACUAUUAUAUUUCCACUGCCAAUGGACAUUGUCACUCCUUUUCUCACUAAUCUUAAAAAGUCUUAAUUCUAUCUUCAAACAAAUUUAUAUAUAUUAUUAAGUGAUGUGUUUAUUGUAAUAUGUCUAUUCUAUGUGUGCACAGCAUUUGUUUGUAUCUCAGGAAUUUACAUCUAAUUUUAUACUUUCUCGUGCUUCGUCAAGAGUGUGUUUCAUACAUACGAAGGAAUCCACAAAUUUGUAUCAGAGUUCACUUUAAAAGCCAAUAGAAUAUAAUGUUCAAAAUAUUCAUGAACUUUUUUUUCAUACAACUAUAAGAAAAUGUAGAAAAAAUAUUACCUGAAAUGUUACAUUUUGCAUUAACUUAGAGUAAUCUAUAGAAUUCAGCUGUACAUCUCAAGAAAUCCAUUGCUUCUUAUUACCCAGAUGUUACGUUAGGUAUGUGUUGUACAAUGAGUAUUUAAGGUUAGUUUGGAAAACUGAACUAAAAAGUACUGAAAUAACACCUCAAUCUCUGACAAGAUUAAAUCAAAAUGUGGUUUGCAAUGCAUGGUGUGACCAAUAAGAGGUGAAAAGAUUAGAGUUUCCUACAUACAUUCUGCUAGAGGCAAGGAGGAGAGGA